CUGGAGAGAUCCGGAGUCGCUCGGGAGAGGGAGGUGCGUCCUUUCAGCAGCUGCCAGCAUGUCUUCCAACUCCAGCCUCAGCACCAUGCAGCGCCUGGUGGAGCAGCUAAAACUGGAGGCUGGCGUGGAAAGGAUUAGGGUCUCUCAGGCAGCUGCAGAGCUGCAGCAAUACUGCAUGCAGAAUGCUUGCAAAGAUGCCUUGCUUGUGGGAGUCCCUGCUGGGAGCAAUCCAUUUCGGGAACCCAGGUCUUGUGCAUUGCUCUGAAGCCAGGGAAAAUGAUCAGAAAGCUCUCUUCAAGUAUGAGAAGAAUCCCAGCAGUGUCCUUUUUUCAAAAAAUGCUUUCUCCAAGCCCUGACUUGUGUGUGGCCAAAACAGUUAUCAUUAGAUAUUUAUUAGUCUACUUGACCAUCUUAGCAGCUGAUUAAAGUUUUGUUGUUGUUGCUAAUAUUUGUAUGAAUGAUUUAAUGAGAAAAAGGCUUUCCUUUUGUAACUGAGACAGCCCCCUUUCUACAUUUAUUUCUCUGAGAUGUUUACAUUUUAGGAAAAAAAGAAUUACCAAACAACUUGUUCCUUGUUAAUCAUUGUGCCUGAAUGAAACUCUUACUAGGUACCUUCUUACUAACAGCUUUGUUUUCUGAACAAAGAUGCUUGUGGGGCCCUGAUCCAGCCAAAGCCAAGCCUUUUUAAGACUACAAUCCAAUGCACAUUUGCCUCAGUGGAACAAAUUUACUUUUGAAUAAAUAUUCCUAGGAUCAGGCUGCAUGUCCCAUUAAUUACAUUGGGAGAUCAUUAUGCACAUACUUCAGCUCCCCUGCUGAAACUGGAGACGUCACUUGGAAGUGCUCAACUUUGGCUGGAGUGGACCCAAUUUUAGUAACAGAAGAGGGCCACAUGGUACUUCUGGGCCGACCACAAGUGGUCCUUGGAGGCAUGCAGUAUGGCCAAUCCUGGAAACCCCCUCCCUCAUCUCCAGCAAGCUUGCUGUUCAGUAGACUGAGGGGAAGGGGAUUGCGAUG